GCACGACGACUACUCCCGCCGCGCGGUCGCCGGCCCCGAGCGCGGGCGAAGGGGCGAGGAGCUCCAGGACCCCGGGCUGGCGGGUGCUGGGGGCUCGGCCAGUGACGCGGCUGCCGGAGGUGCCGUUCCUCGCGCCCCCGGCUCUUCCUCCAGGCCCCCGGCCCGGGAGGUGUCGGACAGAGGCUCCAAGGAACCGGGCCCUGGCGACCGGUCUCCCGUGGAGCCCGAGCCUCCUCUCGGUCCUCCGAGGCCCACCACGCCCAAGCCCCCCAGCCCUCGGAGCCCCGACGCAGCACCUGCCAAGUGUCCCAACAGCGUCAGCGCGCUGUCCCUGAGUUCAGUGGACAGCGAGGAAAGGGCAGAGGGGCCCGUCCAGAGGGAGCAAGGCCCCGGGUCCUUCCAGGAUGCGGUGCAAACCGCCUGUGACCUGGGCAGUGAGAACACCGGCGCCGGCAGCCACCCGCAGCAGAGCCUCGGGGGGACGAACUGUCCAGAAGAAAAGACGGACGAGCCUGCUGCCCGGCCGCCCGUGCCCGCGCACCAGGUGCCGCCCUACCGCGCGGUGUCGGCCCGGCUGCGGCCGUGCGCCUUCUCCCAGAGCACCCCCAUCGGGCUGGACCGCGUGGGACGCCGGCGGCUCAUGAGAGCAUCCAACAUUUCUUCUGAUGGCGGUGCGGAGUCAUCUGCCCUAGCGGAUGACAAUGGCAGCGAGGAGGACUACAGCUAUGAAGACCUCUGUCGGGCCAACCCCCGGUACCUGCAGCCGGGCGGGGAGCAGCUGGCCAUCAACGAGCUGAUCAGCGAUGGCAGCGUGGUCUGCGCCGAGGCCCUGUGGGACCACGUGACGAUGGACGAGCAGGAGCUGGGCUUCAAGGCCGGGGACGUCAUCCAGGUCCUGGAAGCCUCCCACAAGGACUGGUGGUGGGGCCGCAGCGCGGACAGGGAGGCCUGGUUCCCCGCCAGCUUCGUCCGACUGCGGGUCAACCAGGAGGAGCUGGCGGAGGGCUCCAGCGGCACCCCCGGCGAGGAGCCGGCGGAGGACGCGGGCCGGGGCCGCCACAAGCACCCCGAGAGCAAGCAGCAGAUGCGGACCAACGUCAUCCAGGAGAUCAUGGACACCGAGCGGGUGUACAUCAAGCACCUCCGGGACAUCUGCGAGGGCUACAUUCGACAGUGUCGCAAGCACACGGCGAUGUUCACGGUCGCACAGCUCGCCACCAUUUUUGGAAAUAUUGAAGAUAUUUACAAAUUCCAAAGAAAGUUUCUGAAAGACCUUGAGAAACAAUACAAUCAAGAGGAACCUCACCUGAGUGAAAUAGGGUCCUGCUUUCUUGAACAUCAAGAAGGCUUCGCCAUCUACUCCGAGUACUGCAACAACCACCCGGGCGCCUGCGCCGAGCUGGCGGGCCUGAUGAAGCAGGGCCGCUACCGACACUUCUUCGAGGCCUGCCGCCUGCUGCAGCAGAUGAUCGACAUCGCCAUUGACGGCUUCCUGCUGACGCCGGUGCAGAAGAUCUGCAAGUACCCGCUGCAGCUGGCCGAGCUGCUCAAGUACACCACUCAGGAGCACAGCGAUUACAGGAACAUAAAGGCAGCGUACGAGGCCAUGAAGAACGUCGCCUGUUUGAUCAAUGAGCGAAAACGCAAGCUGGAAAGCAUAGACAAGAUAGCACGGUGGCAGGUGUCCAUCGUGGGCUGGGAGGGCCAGGACAUCCUCGAGCGCAGCUCGGAGCUGAUCCACUCCGGGGAGCUGACCAGGGUCACCCGGCAGGGCAAGAGCCAGCAGCGGACGUUCUUCCUGUUUGACCACCAGCUGGUGGCCUGCAAGAAAGACCUGCUGCGGAGGGACGUGCUCUACUACCGCGGCAGCACAGACAUGGACGCCGUGGAACUCGUGGACCUGGAGGACGGCCGCGACGGUGCCCGCACCCUCGGCAUCAGAAACGCCUUCAAGCUGGUCAGCAGGACGGGUGACGAGGCGCACCUGUUCUGUGCCAAGAAGCCUGAGGACAAGGCGCGGUGGCUGCAGGCCUGCAGGGACGAGCGCAGGCGGGUGCAGGAGGACCGGGCGAUGGGAGUGGAAAUUUCAGAAAAUCAGAAGAAACUUGCCAUGUUAAAUGCUCAAAAGGCAGGACAUGGAAAGUCAAAAGGCUACGGUGGAGGAUGCCCCUCGGCCCCCCCGCUCCAGAGCCUGCGGCCGGUCCACCAGCGCCACGUCACCGUGCCCGCCAGCCUGCCACAACAGCAGGUGUUCGCCCUGGCGGAGCCCAAGAGGAAGCCGUCGCUGUUCUGGCACACCUUCAACAAGCUCACCCCCUUCAGGAAGUGACGCGGGGACUGGGGAGAGGGGCCCCCGUGCCCCUCCUGGGCCCCGUCCAAGGAAUCUACUCCGCACGUGGCACAGGGAUCCGGUGCUGAAAACCUCUCCUGGGGACGCAGUGAGGAGGACCUGGCCUCGCUUGCGGUCGCAGAGGCCCAGCUGCCUUCUCGGGAGGGAGGGGGGUCAUGACGCACAGCUCCAGUGUCCCCUGGACCGCUCCCCGCCGUGAGCCCACCGAGGCGGCCGGCGCCGGGGAAUCGGAGUGGGCUCUGGAGAUGCUGGGCGGGGAGCCGGGAGCAUCCCCGAGGACGAGCUGCAGUCCAGGCCCCGGGAGGGGCUCCCCGAGGAGGAUGGGCAGGGCCACUUUGCCUUCGGUCUUGAAGGGGACGGGAGUGCCGGGGUCACGGGGUGGCGGGCGGUGACUGCAGCCCUGUUGGGGCCCUGGGGUCCCCUGGCGUCUUCCUCAUCCACGCAGUCGCCAAAUGGUGGGCCGGCCUCUCCCGCAGGCUCCUGCGCACAUGGUCCAGGGCCCGCGGUGCACGGAGACCCACGCGCUCCAAAGACGCCGUUGCUUUCAGGGGGCAGGGAGCCCGCUGCUGGCUCUGUACACUUGUCCCCGCCCAUGUGCCACUCCCCGAGCAGAAACCUGAGAAACUUCACGCACGUGCACUUCCAGUGGGAAAACCGAUUUCAUUUCGUUUGAGGACGAAGUGAACGUGCAGACCUCCCAGUUGAAACGUGUCCUUAAAAGAGCAUCCGUGUGCCUGUUCCUCCCUCUGCCUCUGUCCUCGCCGAUCGAGGGACAGUGACACGUACCUUCUUCCACUGAAAACCAGAGGCUCAAGGGUCCUGCUUCCUCCACGUUUGAAGCCAACUUUGUCCCACGCCCCCGAGCAGUAGUGCCAGCUGUGCCAUGCUUAGCAUGUCGACAGGUUUCUGAAGAUCGGUUCCGCAUGGAAGAGACCUCACGAAAUAGAUCCAGACUCAGAGAGAGCAGCCCGCUCUAGCGAAGGCCACGCGGCCGACGCCGGUCGGCAGCAACCUCCUUGCCUUUUCUCGAUGGUAAAUUUUGAUGAAAAUGGCUUUUAAACGUGAGACACCUUUCCGUUGACCUCGUGCACCGGGCGGGGGCCUGUUACAUGUCUUGUGGUUUUCUACUCGGGAAUCUCUCUUUGGUGUUGAAACCUCAAAACUUCUCUUUUCUACCCAGUCCCUGCUUGAGAAUAAACACACCUGUAUGGUCCUAACAGAGGGGACACCUGAGACUCCAGGUGUGGGCCCCCUCCUCCUCACACCCAGAGCUGUUCCCGGGGGGCGGGGGGACCCAGGCGGUGCUGCCUCUGCGGACCUCGGGGCCCAGGUCCCGGCACGGAAGCCGCUUCUGUGAGGAAGCUCCUCGGGAGGUGCCGUGGGUCCGCGUGCUCGUGUGUGUGUGUGUGUGUGUGUGCUUCCUUUCUGAAUAGACUUCUCAAUUUCCGUUGCAUUUAUAUAACUGACCUUUUUACUAACAAGAUACAAUGAUACAUUUUGAAUACUAUGCUUAAUAUGCUUUUCGUGGGCCCCCUCAGCGAACAUUGUCGGGCCUCUGUGCUAAACAGAGUUGUUUGUUUAUACGGCAGUUGUGAACAGUUGGGUUGCUUUUUUUUUUUUUUUUUAAUAGAAUUACUUUGAGGAAGUAAAGAAAAUCAGUUGCUCAUGUUAUAUUUCCAGUGAGGACUCACCCCCAGUGCAGAAGCACCCAGAGGGCCCCCAUCUCCCCCGUUGUCCAGAGCACAGGGACAAAGGGCUGGACGUGCUGUCGGCAGCCCUGGUCUGUCUCUCGGCCGAGACCUGACUCCUGGCUCCACCCUCCUCCCCUCAAGCUUCCCAACAGAGGAGCAGGAAGCAUGGACACCAGGGCACGUGGUGACAGUCCCUUGGUCAGAUGUCCAUCCUAGGUGGCUCCUGCUUGGAUUUCCAGGUGAUUUGAAAACUGCUAAAAUGCGUUUAAAAGGAUAGAACGUCCUUUGUCCUCUUUAAAUCUGUGUGUCUAGCUUGGGUUUAUUAGCAAACGCCUGCGUUCUCUACAGGAUAGAUGGCUCGGUGUUCUGUUUUUACAUUUGACGAACUUCCUUCCUUUUUUUUUUUUUUUUGCGGUACGCGGGCCUCUUACUGUUGUGGCCUCUCCCGUUGCGGAGCACAGGCUCCGGACGCGCAGGCUCAGUGGCCAUGGCUCACGGGCCCAGCCGCUCCGCGGCAUGUGGGAUCCGCCCGGACCGGGGCACGAACCCGUGUCCCCUGCAUCGGUAGGCGGACCCCCAACCACUGCGCCACCAGGGAAGCCCUGAACUUCCUUCUUGAUUUCUCGCAUGUUCCACUUGGAGAGAAAAAGAGAAAAAACGAAGAGACUCCCUGUACAGGUUGUGUAUGAAUUUCACUGGGAAUCUCGCUUUCUCUGUCUGUCUUUUUCUCUUUUUAACACUACACUGCGUGGUAUCGGUGGACCACGCCCCCCCC